AUGCCUUCUGCCCAGGAAGUGCUUCUAAAAGUCGGCGAGAAAAGCACAGAAAAGUCAUGGCUUGAUCUCCUUAUACAAAAAGAAUUGAUGGAAAUCGGCCUAUUGCUUCCCGAAAUGCCAUCCUCGGACUGCCUCCUCAUUGAGAUUGGCGACUACCUUUGCCGCGCCACGGAGACUAUUGCCCAACUGGCAGGCCGGCUGGCCAAUGGAAAUCAUAUCCACACCUAUGCGCAGCUCAAUGUGAACCAAGCAACUAAAGAGACUGAUCUGUCCGAACUUGGCGUGCUUGAUGUAAUGACCACGAAUCAUUCUGCCAUUAAGGUUUUGGCCAACAAGCUCCAGUGUGCGAGCAAGGAAAUUACUUCUGCUUGGAGUGAAUGCUCGGCAAGGCCAGACUCUACACUGAGAGGAAACGACCUUAUCCCUUUCACCUCCACUCCCAUAUUUCCUGAACCAGAACCGGUGCGUGAUCCGCAAGUUGCGACCAUAUUCACAGCUAGUGCCCUUGCUACAGCGGCCGAGGAGCCUCCUUCACAAGAUGAGCUACUAGCGGAUAGUAUCGAAGUCGUUGAUGACAUUGAUAUAUCAUAUACUGAAAUGGACGAGCCUACAGACGCUUCAAUAAUGCAGUUACUUCAAAGUUUGAGUCGCCGAGGGAAAGGAUUGCACUACUGUCCUUACAAGUCAUCUUGCACCAAGGGCGGUUUCUCGCCAGCUGGAUCACCCGUUCUUUUCGAAAGGAAUUCUGCAUUCAGGUAG